UAAUAUUCAUGUUAUUUGUGAUUUAGUUUAAUGAUUUAAUGCCUGUGUUGAUUAUUUUAAGAGAGGUCUACGUGAAUUGGACUAUUCUUAAUUGAAAUUGAUAGGUUUUUCAAGAUAGUUUCUGAAUUAUUUGCAAAGGAGUUGAACUCGAGUUGCGUUUUUGGGUUAUGUUAUACUCGGCUUUCAUACAUUAGAAAAGGUUGCUACUUUUGUUGUGCCUUCAAAAUAAAGAUGGGUUCUUGCGAAUUCAAGAUACCUGUUAUGUCUUCUAAAUCAAUUCCUUUAACUCAGGUUCUGUCUCAUACAUGCAUAUUUUUUUGUUGUUUAAUUAAACAUCACUUGGAUGUCCAAAAUAUCACCACAAAUUAGAGACUCUAGGGUUAGCUGUCAUUUGCAUUUUCUAGAGGAAACACUCAGAUAUUGCUAAUGUUAACCUGCUAACAUCCGUUUAUCUGUGAUCAGGGUACAAUUUUGAAAAUUCAGAAAAAAGAAACAGAAGUUGCAAAAGGAAAGGACUUGGAUACAUCUAGGAACUGCAAGAAUAGUUCAGAUAAUAUAGGAUGUUUGGUAAUGGAUGGAAUGAAAGUGGGAAGGCAUCCUUAGGUGAUCGAAGCGAUGCUGAUGAUGCUUCUCAAAGGACUGGACUUAAUUAUACAUUGGAUGACGCUGACCAAGAUUUUUGUACAGUUAAGCGGCAAAAAUACAGUCAGAUCAAUGAAAAUGGAGCCAUUACAGGGAACAAUAUCACCGUCCGGCAAUAUAGUCCAAAUCCAGAUAUUAUAAUGCCGGAACCCUCAGCAAAAUUGGUUGAAACAACACCCAAUUUGGGGAUGAGGGAAACUGCGGCUGAUGCUGGAACAUCACCCAUGAAGGAAGAGUAUGAAAAACUAAAAGUAGCAGCUGCAGCUCUGAAAGCUGAGCACAGUAGACUCACAAAAAAUUUGAAGUAUCUUUCUAAUAAAUGUAUUAAACUUCAAGUUGAAAACAGAAGCAUUAUGGAUGAGAUUGCUGCUACACAUGGGCCAGAUGCUAUCGCUGACCUCAGAGCCAUGAAACCCGACGCAGAGGAGAAUGUCAGCGAGAAACAAUCAACUUCUAGCGGAUAAAGAAUUCAAGGUCAGCAUGUACAGAUUGAAGAUAGAAACUAACUCUUUAGUAAAUUAUCAGGCAAGCAAUAUCCGCCCAGAUGCUAUGUAUAUACAAGAUUCAUUAACAUAAGGAUUUCUGUAGAUAAUGAUUUUAUUUUUUGUUCAAGACCUAGGAGUCCCAAUAGCAAAAAUGAGCUCAAAGAAGGGAUAUGCCCUGUUUUCUAAGUUUAUAUUUUGAUGUAAAUCAGUAAACAAAUCAAUUUGGAUCACAAGAAGCCAGCAGGCAGAUCAUGGUGUAUAAUUAAUUUAUGAAUUUAUUAACUAAAUCUUCAGGAUCUUGUUCUCUGUCAA